AUGGGCAUAAUUUUUAUAUCUAUAUACAAUAUGAACUUUAAAUCAAGCGUCUAUAUGGAUCAUAAGUAAGUAAAAUAAUCAAAACAGGCCCAUAAUCUGAUUUCGUCUUUACAUGACAAUUUCGCAUUGUAGGGGAGUGGGAAGAGGAGGCGCCGCCCCGCCAUCGAGCUGGGACGCUGGGGGGGCUGCGCUUUGCUGCCUAUAUAUAUAAAUAUGUAAUAAACAAAGAGAAGAGUCACUCAACGUAUCAGACUUUGAUCCAAAGUCAUCUCUGAGCUGCGAGUGAAGAUGAGUUCACACCCUGCUGUCCGGCGUAUGUCGGAAUGCUUCAUUAAGCCACCCCUUCCGCUCAAUGACUCUAACCCCAUCUGCCAUCUCUCCCCCUGGGAUAUUCUCAUGUUGUCUGCUCAUUACAUUCAGAAAGGCCUCCUCUUCCUCAAGCCUUCUCCUCUCAAUUCUCCCUUCUCCAUCGAUUCUCUUCUCCACCGCCUUAAGCACUCCCUUUCUCUCACCCUCCUCCAUUUUUAUCCCCUCACCGGCCGCCUAGUCACCACUCGUCUCCCUUCUUACUCCAUCUUUGUCGACUGCGACAACAGUGACGGGGCUAGGUUCAUCUAUGCCGCUUUAGACAUGACCGUCUCCGACAUCCUCUCCCCCACCGACGUCCCCUCCGUUGUCCAGUCGUUUUUUGACCAUGACAGGGCGGUCAACCACGACGGCCACUCCUUGCCUUUGUUGUCGGUUCAGGUCACUGAAUUGACAGACGGCGUUUUCAUUGGCUGUUCCAUGAACCACUGCCUCGCCGACGGCACUUCCUAUUGGAGAUUCUUCAACACGUGGUCCGAAAUCUAUCGAGCACAAGGCGAUAACCAUGACAGCGACGAUGUCUGUAUUCCCAUCUCACACACGCCGAUUCAUAAUCGCUGGUUCCCAGAGGGUUGUGUUCCCCCAGUCAAUCUUCCCUUCACACAUCACGACGAGUUCAUAAGCAGAUUCGAAGCACCCCGUCUUAGAGAGAGAAUAUUCCAUUUCACAGCCGAGUCUAUUGCGAAGCUGAAAGCGAAGGCCAACCAAGAUUCCAACAGUACCGAGAUCUCGUCCUUCCAGUCCUUAUCGGCACUCGUAUGGAGGUGCCUAACACGCGUGCGGAGUCCCCCCGGUGAUCAAAAAACAAUCUGUAGGUUGGCGGCAAAUAACAGAUCAAGAAUGGAACCGCCUUUGCCGGAAGAGUACUUCGGGAACUCUAUCCACGUGGUGGCUGCGGAGAUGACAUCGCGGGAGUUGCUAGAGCACGACCUAGGAUGGGCGGCCUGGAAGAUACACGUGGCUGUCGCCAACCACAAUGACAGAGCAGUGCGUGAGCUUGUGAAAAAGUGGUUGGAGAGGCCGAUGGUGAUUCAACCGGGUCAGGUCUUUGACCCCUAUAGCGUGCUGAUGGGUAGCUCACCCAGAUUCAACAUGUAUGGGAAUGAAUUCGGAAUGGGGAAAGCGGUGGGUGUUCGAAGUGGGUACGCCAACAAGUUAAAUGGGAAAGUGACGUCGUAUCCGGGUCGUGAAGGAGGGGGAAGCAUAGAUUUGGAGACGUGUCUUCCUCCGGCGUUGAUGACGGCGCUGGAAUCUGAUGACGAGUUUAUGAAUUACGUGUCUCCGCAAACUGUUUCGGCGUUUUGUUCUGUUUGACGUUAAAAAAACACCGGCUUUCAAGUAAAAGUGUUCAAUAAAUAAGUUGGCGUGCCUGUUUUUCUGGACUUUGAAGAUGGGCUUUCAGUUGCGUGAGUAUGAGUACUUGUGAAGCCCAACUUAUAGAGGGUCGGCCUUAAGGUUCAUUUGAUGUGGGCAUUUUUCUGUGCUUUAAUUUCCACCUCUCCUUUUGCUUUGGUCGAUGUUCAUUUUGCCCAGUUGGGACGCUCCAUCUCUUUUAUUUGGCGUGAAGCUGGGGAAUGCCGAUUAUUUUGGGGCAAAUUUCUUUAUCCAAUGUUGAUGUUAAA